UCUCCACACAGUGAAGAUGGCGUUGGCUUAAGGAGCUGAAACGCGCGGCUCGCUUCUCCUCUCAAACACAGAAACAUCUCGUUUUUCUACCGGAUUUCUCGGCUUUCUGUGAGCGUAUUCUGUGUAAUUUUGCUGAAUGACUCGUGAGUGUGCUGUAAUUACCGCUCCAGGCGGUCUGUAGCGACCUCGCGGAAAGGUGUGCCCGUUUUUUGAAGCUGAGGGGCGGGUUUGGCUGCUAGCUCUGUUAGCUUCUUCCUACAGCGGGCUAACGGAUUGAAGCACUGACUGACGGAGAGACUCGCGCUGUUUAUCCGCCGAUAUUCUGAUGAAAUUGAGCCCGGCCGCUGUCCUCCAGCUCCCCCAGGCCUCAGCUUGAUUUCGGGAGGGGUAUUAGAUGCCUGGUUGUCCGGUCGGGUCCAGGGUUUUCGGUUUUCUCCUCGCUGAGCUCUCGCUCCUCACCCCCGGCUCCUGAUGAACUCCAGUCCGCUGCCCAACGGGAAGCAGAUGUCGGACAACCAGAGCUGGAACUCCUCGGGCUCGGAGGAGGAUCUGGAGACCGAGCCGGGGCCGCACGGCGGGGUGGCCGAGUUCAGCGGAGUCCUCAGCAAGUGGACUAACUACAUCCACGGAUGGCAGGACCGGUGGGUGGUCCUGAAGAACAACACUCUGAGCUACUACAAAUCUCAGGAUGAGAGGGAGUACGGGUGCAGGGGCUCACUGUGCCUCAGCAAGGCUGUGAUCACGCCCCAUGAGUUUGAUGAGUGUCGGCUGGAUAUCAGUGUUAAUGACAGCGUGUGGUAUCUAAGAGCGAUGGACCCUGAACACCGCAACCAGUGGAUCGACUCCAUCGAGCAGCACAGGGUGGAGUCUGGUUAUGGUUCUGAGUCCAGUUUGCGGAGACAUGGCUCCAUGCUGUCUCUCACUUCUGCUACCAGCAGCUACUCUGCUACCUCUACCUCCUCCUUCAAGAAGGGCCACAGUCUGCAGGAGAAGCUGGCUGAGAUGGAGACGUUCAGAGACAUCCUGUGCAGGCAGGUGGACACACUUCAGAAAUACUUUGACGCCUGUUCUGACGCUGUGUCCAAGGAUGAGCUGCAGAGGGACAAGAUUGUGGAAGAUGAUGAAGAUGACUUCCCGACCACUCGUCCCGAUGGAGAAUUUCUGCACAAUAAUCACAACGGCAGCAGAGAGAAGUUGUUCCAGUCUCUGAGCACUAAGGGCAUCAAUGGGAUCGACUUUAAAGGAGAGGCCAUCACCUUUAAGGCCACUACAGCAGGAAUCUUGGCCACACUCUCUCACUGUCUCGACCUGAUGGUGAAGAGAGAGGACAGCUGGCAGAGGAGACUGGAUAAGGAAACAGAGAAAAGGAGGAGAGUGGAGGAGGCCUAUAAAACAGCGCUGUCCGAGCUGAAGAAGAAAUCUCAUUUCGGAGGUCCAGACUAUGAGGAGGGCCCAAACAGUCUAAUAAAUGAGGAUGAGUUCUUCGAUGCUGUGGAGGCCGCUCUGGACCGACAGGAUAAAAUAGAGGAACAGACUCAGACAGAGAAGUCUCGGAUACAGAGGCUCAGCCCCAUGCCUUCUCUAGACGCCUACUCCGUUAUGGGCACCCACCGAUUCGCUGAAAAGUCUCCCACUCCACCGCCCUCCCCUCCGUCCUGUUUCGUAUCUCUCAGCCCCCUCCUUCAUCACGAGCACAGGUUCAGUGCUGAGGUGGAGGAGAUGGUGCAGAGUCACAUGACAUACUCCCUCCAGGAUGUGGGUGGAGAUGCGAACUGGCAGCUGGUGGUGGAGGAGGGCGAGAUGAAGGUGUACAGGAGAGAGGUUGAGGAGAAUGGAAUCGUGUUGGAUCCUCUGAAAGCCACACACGCAGUCAAAGGGGUCACAGGUCACGAGGUCUGCCACUACUUCUGGGAUACAGAUGUUCGCAAUGACUGGGAGACUACUGUUGAAAACUUCAACAUUGUGGAGACGUUGUCAGAUAACGCCAUAAUCGUCUACCAGACCCACAAGAGGGUGUGGCCGGCGUCACAGAGAGACGUGCUGUAUUUGUCCGCGAUCCGUAAGAUCAUAGCCAACAAUGAGAACGAUCCUGACACGUGGCUCGUCUGUAACUUUUCUGUCGACCACGAUAACGCCCAGCCGAGCAGCAGGUGCGUCCGUGCCAAAAUCAACAUCGCCAUGAUCUGCCAGACGCUGGUCAGCCCGCCAGAGGGAGACAAAGAGAUCAGCAGAGAUAACAUCCUGUGCAAAAUCACAUACGUCGCCAACGUGAACCCCGGCGGCUGGGCUCCUGCGUCUGUACUCAGAGCCGUGGCCAAGAGAGAAUAUCCCAAAUUCCUGAAGCGCUUCACCUCCUACGUUCAGGAGAAAACUGCCGGCAAGCCCAUCCUCUUCUGAGCACUCAGUCUGAGCGUACAUCAUCCCCCCUCCACACUCCCAGCUACAGAGCUCCCUGACAGUGGUUCUCCUCGACCCCACCUCUCCAGACUGUUCAGAACCACAGCUGCCACUGGAAGAAAUCUACAUUACCCAUAGUUCUUGCUGCGGCCCUCUGUAGAUGCACCAUAGGCUUUAAAAUGGUCCCAAGGCUUUAACCCAUUAGCCAGUCCUGUGCUACCACUCUCACAGAAAGGACUAUGGACAUUGCCAAACGUCACCAUCGAUUCUGUAUUUUUGUGUAUGCAUAUGUGUGUAUAUAUAUAUAUAUAUAUAUAUAUACGCACAAAAGUAUAUGUAUGCACAAAAGUACAUGUAUGUACGUAUGUGAGAUAAAAGGUUUAUAUAAUGGUGAUUUUUGAAGCUGAAACAAAUUCAGUACUUUUCCCUUCCUCCAUGCUGCUAAAAAAAUACUCUCUAAUCCCCAAUAUAACACACAUUGCUUAGGCCACACCCCGUCCAUCUCCCCGCCCCACUCUCCUCCCCCUCCCGGUAACAAAAAGACUCUUAAUGUUUGUAAAUGAACUCUGAGGGCUGUUAUUGACCUGCGAUCUACAACACGACCUAUGACCUUUGCCUUUUUCGUCACAAUCUCUUUGAUGAAGCCCAGUAAUGCUGGUGCUGAAGAAGGGAUGGUUUGGAAAAGUAUCUCUUGUUUCAGAAGCGUUUCAGUGUGGAGGGAUACUGUAAUGCUAUUGGAUAGCUCUUAUUAACCCUUAACUAGCUAAUAGGUGGCUGAUAAAUAAUACAGUAUUAUGCUCUAGGUGGAGGGAGUUCUUCACCUAGUAUUUCUCAAAGCAUUAAUGAAAUACUUCUUUCUGUCUCUUUGGGGAUUUAGUUUUUAUACUAUGAUUUUUAUCCUAAUGAAUCAAUGCUUAUUAAUAUUAAAUAAUAUAAUAUAAUCAUUCACAGCCACAUUAUUACCAGCUGCUUACUAGUUAAGGUGUUAUAAGGGUUUACACACCACUGCAUUAGAAUGUCCCAAUAUACUGAUGUCUACUGAUAUUUCUAUUUUAUUUCUUUUCCUUUCAUUUCUUUUUGUUGUUAUUGAUGUUAAUGUUCAUUAUUGUUGUUUAAUUUUUUUUGUGCGUCUCCAGAAAUCUCUAAAUUUCUAUGUUUUUUAGUUGCACCUGUAUGUCAGGAGCUGGCAUACCGUAGCACAAUUAAGAAUCAGUAGUGCUAGAUGACAAAGUGGGAUUUUUAAAUGGGGGCAGACAAACAUUUUAUGUGAAUUAUUUUGUAUAUAAUUUCAUAAUUAUCGCUUCAAAAGUGCGUGUUUGGGGGGGGGAAACGUGUCCGCCUGUUGCUUUUGUGUGAUUCAUCAAACUCCACAUGCCUUAGAGAGGGAGGAUGGGGUGGGUGUGAGAAGUGUGUGUGUGUGUGUGUGUGUGUGUGUGUGUGUGUGUGUGUGUGUGUGUGAGUGAGUGCGCAGAAUGUGCAUAUAUGUAGUUUGCAAGAUUGCAGAAUACAUUUGUAUGCAUGUAUGUAUUUGUGUGAAUGUGUGUGUGUUUAAGGGGUGGUUGGUUGUGUUGAGUAUUUGUUCUAAAGCAGCGCAGAAAGGUGUGUGUGUGUGUAUGUGUGUAUGUAUGUAUGUGUAUAUAUCACUAGUGAAGUGCCUCAGUCUAGAUCAUACAUCGAAAACUUGAUGCGAGGUACCUCCUCCCACAGCCAUGAUCUCUGAUCUAGAGGGACGGCUGCUGAAAAUGUCCCACAUCUGACGUUCAGAAAUGAAGAUAAGACAUUUCCUUUUCCUUUUUUUCUUUUUUUUUUUUGGAUUUCUUACAAGUCAAACUUUGUGAUUUUGCAAUCAGCAGGGACGGCGAGGACUGUCGCUCUGAGCGAACGGGUCGGGAGCCCGGUUUGGUUUAGUCUAAAAGCAGGAGACAGGGUUGAGAGUUGAGGGUUGGGAGUCGAGGCUGGACUGUGUAGGUGGGUUAGAUUGAGUUUAAUCUUAUUUAUUAUUGUUCGUACAGUACCUCUUUAUUUUGUUAGAGAAGCAUAUACAGCUCUGGGAAAAAAAAUAAGAGACCACUUUAGUUCUGAAUUCUCAAUCAGUUUCUCUGAUUUAGCUAUUUAUAGGUUUAUGUUUGAGUAAAAUGAACAUUGUUGUUUUAUUCUAUAAACUACAGACAACAUUUCUCUCAAAUUCCGAAUAAAAAUGUUGUCAUUUAAAGCAUUUAUUUACAGAAAAUGAGAAAUGGCUGAAAUAACAAAAAAAAGAUGCAGAGCUUUCAGACCUCAAAUAAUACAAAGAAAACAACAAGUUCAUAUUCAUAAAGUUUUAAGAGUUCAGAAAUCAAUAUUUCUUUGUUUUUUAAUCAGUUUUAAUUCAUGCAUCUUGGCAUCAUGUUCUCCUCCACCAGUCUUACACACUGCUUUUGGAUAACUUUAUGCUGCUUUACUCCUGGUGCAAAAAUUCCAGCAGUUCAGUUUGGUGGUUUGAUGGUUUGUGAUCAUCCAUCUUCCUCUUGAUUAUAUUCCAGAGGUUUUCAAUUUAGUAAAAUCAAAGAAACUCAUCAUUUUAAGUGCUCUCUAAUUUUUUUUCCCAGAGCUGUGUACACCAAACAAGCAUAACAUCAUGAGCAGCUCCUUGUUUCUACAAAUAUUAUCCAUUUUAUCAGCUGAAAAAAAAAGAUAAUGGAUGAACAAACAGGAGCAUUUCAUAAUGUUAAGCUUGAUCUGUGUAACUCUCUGAGUGCAGGUUGAGGUGGAGGGGUGUAGUUUGUUGGAGGUCAGAAGGCCUGGCUCUUCGCUCUGUUCUGUUAAAUGAGGCGGAGGACUGUUAAUGAUGUAUUUAUUAGAGGAAAGAGGAAACACAUCAGCCCUCUGUUAUUUGUAGCUACUGUUUUCACAGGGUGCUCAACUCCGCUCCUCUCAUUCAGCUGCUUUACUUCAUCCUCACAUUUCAGUAUCUGUUAAGAUCAGGACGGUAAAUCAGGAGCGUCCUGUAGAGCAGCGCGAGGACAGGUACACAAUCAGAAUGUACACAUCGCCCUCAAAUCAAAAGCUCAUUGGCUAAUUGGAGGGUUUUCAUUAGCAGCCAAUCGGGAGUGGAGUUUUGCACCUAAUUGAAAUCGUUGGUGGGUGGGGGGGUUGCGGGUGAGUGUGCCAGAGUCGGACGUCCCUCUAAUACCAGUAUAAUUUGUCAUUGUUGCAUUUGCACUGAAUGUAAUGUAAUUCAAAUAAAACAAAUGUUUCUGUAAAUAAAUCAAAUAGUCACACUAA